UAUGAUAUCGAAAAAAAAAAAAUAACAGAUACGGUGGAAUAUGGAAAUGGAAUACUAAAACCUCACGCCUCAAUUGUCUUUGGUUUCACCUGUUUUGCUCUUUAGCUGCGUACUCCACGAAACCCUCGCAGUUCAGUACCUCAUCAGAAUCUCAUUCUUCCAUUUACCAUUAUCAUUAUCAUGGAUAUUGAGGAGGAGAUUCGUUCUUUACAGCUUGACUCAGCAGAAGACAGUAAUGGGGUGGUGAAUCCAGAGGAUGAGAAGCCAGAUGUUGAUAAUUUUGAUAAGAUGGAUGAAGGUUUGUUGUCAGGAAGUGAUCCAAAGCAGGAGGUUCAGGCUCAGGCUGUUGAGGCCGAGCCAAAAGGUAUUGAAAUUACUGCUGUUCAAGACGAAGUUGAGCCAGAGAUAACGAAAAGGCACUUGAAUGUUGUGUUUAUUGGGCAUGUUGAUGCUGGAAAGUCUACAACAGGAGGCCAGAUACUUUUCCUCAGUGGUCAGGUUGAUGAUCGAACUAUCCAAAAAUAUGAGAAAGAAGCUAAGGACAAAAGUCGAGAAAGCUGGUACAUGGCUUAUAUCAUGGACACAAAUGAGGAGGAGAGAGUAAAGGGAAAAACAGUUGAAGUUGGAAGAGCGCAUUUUGAGACAGAGACAACAAGGUUCACCAUUUUGGAUGCACCUGGCCACAAGAGCUAUGUUCCUAAUAUGAUCAGUGGUGCAUCUCAAGCUGAUAUUGGAGUGUUGGUAAUUUCUGCUCGGAAGGGAGAGUUUGAAACUGGAUAUGAGAGAGGCGGACAAACCCGUGAACAUGUCCAGCUUGCAAAAACACUGGGUGUGGCUAAGCUGCUUGUUGUUGUCAAUAAAAUGGAUGAUCCUACAGUAAACUGGUCAAAAGAAAGGUAUGAUGAGAUCGAGUCAAAGAUGAUUCCAUUUCUAAAGCAAUCAGGAUACAAUGUAAAGAAAGAUGUCUUGUUUUUACCUAUAUCGGGGCUCAUGGGUUCAAACUUAAAAACAAGAAUGGAUAAAAGCAUUUGUUCAUGGUGGGAUGGGCCUUGCUUAUUUGAAGCCCUUGAUGGUAUCGAAGUUCCUCUGCGAGAUCCCAAAAGUCCUUUCAGGAUGCCUUUAAUUGACAAAUUUAAAGACAUGGGAACUGUUGUUAUGGGCAAAGUGGAAUCUGGUACUAUUCGGGAGGGAGAUACCCUUUUUGUCAUGCCAAAUAAGGAUCAAGUAAAAGUCGUUGCUAUAUAUAUUGAUGAAAAUCGGGUUAAACGUGCUGGACCUGGUGAAAAUUUACGGGUUCGAUUAUCUGGUAUUGAAGAAGAAGACAUACUAUCUGGGUUCGUCUUGUCUAGUGUUGAAAAUCCAAUACCAGCAGUUACCGAGUUUGUUGCUCAGUUGGCAAUCCUUGAAUUAAUGGACAAUGCUAUUUUUACUGCUGGAUACAAGGCUGUUCUGCACAUCCACUCUGUAGUUGAGGAAUGUGAGAUCGUUGAGCUAUUGCAACAAAUUGAUCCAAAGACAAGGAAGCCUAUGAAAAAGAAAGUUCUUUUUGUAAAGAAUGGCGCUAAUGUAAUAUGCCGUGUUCAGGUUAAUAACACGAUAUGCAUUGAGAAGUUCUCUGAUUUUCCACAACUAGGGAGGUUCACUCUUCGCACUGAAGGAAAAACUGUUGCUGUGGGAAAAGUCAAUGCUCUUUGAGUUUGUAAAAUUUUUGACUAGAGAGACAAAUGGAGUGGCAGCAUUAGGGCAUAAUUCACAUAAUAUCCAUUUCAUUUCGGAAUUUUGUUUUCCUUUUUCUUGGGGUGUACUCAACGAAGAGUUAUUUGUUGCAGCUGGUGCCCAUGUACUUGUAUGCGGCCGAACAAGGCCUGGUUGCUUCAGUAUUAUACGGUUGGCGGCUUCCAACCAUACUACAUGAGAUAUAUAACUGAAAAUUGAUGGUUUUGAAUCGAUCCACCUGAUUAGCUGUGGCAUCUGAUGACUAUUCAUAUUUUAGAAUAACAGCAAUCGAACAAAUUUUCUAGUCACAGUUGACUAGGGCAUAUUUUAUUUUAUGUUGAUAAAUGAAUUAUUUAUAGUAUUAUUAACGAGUAUACAUGGUGGAAUUUUGUAGAAUUGGGAAUUUACAAGUCGGAUUUAUCGUCUUAUGUAUUUCGAGAAUGAACUAAUAUGCCAUGCGAUUUGCCGCAAUGCUAUGUGGUAGUUAUUCC